GCCGGCGGGGUAGCGAAGAGGCGGGGCGGGGGCCUGUGCGGCCUCUUUGCCUCUUUACGCCGCCGGGACACCGGGUCGGCCACCGGCACCAUGAAGAUCUGGACUUCGGAGCACGUAUUCGACCACCCAUGGGAAACUGUUACAACAGCUGCGAUGCAGAAAUACCCAAAUCCUAUGAACCCAAGUGUGGUCGGAGUCGAUGUACUGGACAGACAUAUAGAUCCUUCUGGAAAGUUGCACAGCCAUAGACUUCUCAGCACAGAGUGGGGACUGCCUUCCAUUGUGAAAUCUCUGAUUGGUGCGGCGAGAACAAAGACAUAUGUGCAAGAGCAUUCUGUAGUUGACCCUGUAGAGAAAACACUGGAACUCAAAUCCACUAAUAUUUCAUUUACAAAUAUGGUUUCAGUAGAUGAGAGACUUAUAUAUAAACCACAUCCUCAGGACCGAGAAAAAACUGUUCUGACCCAGGAGGCCAUCAUCACUGUGAAGGGCGUCAGCCUCAGCAGCUACCUGGAAGGGCUGAUGGCGAACACCAUAUCUUCAAACGCUAGUAAGGGCCGAGAAGCGAUGGAAUGGGUCAUACAUAAAUUAAAUGCUGAGCUUGAAGAACUGACAGCUUCGGCCAGAGGGAGCAUAAGGUCACCGAUGGCGGCGGCAGCCUUUGCAGAGAAAUGAUGCAGGUUGGCACGCAGCCCCCAGUCCCCAGCAGCCUUUGCAGAGAAAUGAUGCAAGUUGGCACCGCACCCAACCCCUCGGUCUCUACUAGCUAGCAUUAUAUUUAUUUCUUAUUUAAAAAGUACAACUAUAUUUUAGGUAGAAUUUUUUUUAAAUAAGCUGAAGAAAGGCUAUGUGACUUGAUCAAAACAAAGAGGUUCGGGGUUUCUAAAUAAAAGGGAACAUCUGAAAUUAUUAAUGUUGUUUGAAAUGACUGUCUGGUUUGGAAGAUUCCAGUAUCUGUGAAAAUUUAACAAUUUUUGAAAAGUACUUGGAAAUUGGUAUUGGCAUAUUAAAUCUCCUUCAGGUUGAAUUUCUAAGCGUUUCACGUGUGGGAACUGUGCCUGGCUUUGGAGCCCAGGACAAAGCAGAGCCACCUCUAAACAGGCACAGUUGCCCUGCUGCAGUCAACUUCAAGAGGGAGCUCACUUUCAAAGGAGAAAUUGUACAGUUUUCAAAGAUACUAAUUUGUGUACAAUAACUUGCUCUGCUAAACUGCCACUGAAAACCAGUGUUUUAAAUUGGGACAUUUUUGGACUGAAAAUUCACUCAAGUAAUAUAUAACUGCAAAAAAGUAUGAUUUUAUUCUAUUAAAGAGUACUGUACUGACUUGCCAAAAUUUUGUAACUUAGUGAAGGAAUUACCUUCCUUGGAUUUGUACUUUAUGACUUAGUAUGCUGUAUCGUGCUGAUUAUGUGGACAGAAAAUAAAGUCAUUACCAGAACUUUGCAGCACUAAACGCAAACAGAAGAGCAGCUGUGCACCUCUUUCCGCAUUUCAGUUUGCCUGACCUAUAAAUGGCCAUGUGUCCGAAUCUUGGUUCUGUGAUUGCUAAAACAUGAUCUGCCAGGUUAUUUUAAUAUAAUUACUUUUUGAAGUAAUUGUGACCACAACACAUCUUUUUUUUACAUGAAGAGCUGUACCUCAUUUCAAAUUGCUCAAAUGCUGUCUUGAUCUGAGGCACAAAUCCCAGGUACCUGAUGUUAAUAAUAGGGUGCCACUGCAGGGGGGCUGGUGGGGAGGAAGGAAAGAACAACAGAGGGAAGGGAUUGACCUGAAGUAACCACUACCUGCGAACAGCUUUGCAGCUUUGGUUUAUGGGAAGUCCUCAUGUUAGGAGCCCGAGGGCAGCUGUACUCGGAAAAACAAUCCAGUAAAUGUAUUUUAUUUCCUAUUUUGUAGCAGUUAAUUAUCAACCAGUAGAAAAUAUCUUGGAUAAAGCAUUUCUGUUAAAAGGCGGUUAGCUCCUGCCUUUAUCUCACAUGCCUAAUGUGGUCCACUUCUGGGCAGGGGCCCAUAAAAGCAGCCAGGUGACAUGUACAUCCACCACAGGAACAAUCUAUUUAAAAAUCAGUGUUUUCCUACUUAAAGUACUGUUUUAGCUUAAGACUUGUUAGAGCAUUUGUAAAAGCAAGUGAAAUUCAAUAAGGUUUUUUAUUAUUUUUGUAACCAGAGAUGGUUUUUACGAUUGAAAUAACAUUUCAGCUAAACAAAACAUUGCUAAAUACUGGUUUUUGAUUAAAAGUUGCCUUGUAUGAUUUCUGUACAUGAUACUUGUUCUGACAAAGGUGUAAUGAACACCCCGAUGAUAAAA